AUGGAGGAAUUAGGAUCAUCUUCCUCUGUUGUCCCGGAGGAAUAGCCGCAGAGGCUGGAGAGACAGAACAACACCAAGACAGGCAUGGCUGAGCAGCGUCUCAUCUCGUCUGAGCAAUGGCUUCAGCUGCAUGGGCUUAAGAGCAAGAAGCUGACCUUGAAGCAGAUCUUGGCACAGAUUGGAUUCCCACAGUGUGAAGAUUAUGUGACUUCUUUGAGGAGACUCGUGGCUUCGCGGUAUGCCGAUGGCCUGUUCCCACAGUUCUACACAGCAGAGGAUGGCAGACUCUACAACCUGACAGCGAAGUCAGAGCUGAUCUACUGGUUUGUGGAUUGUUUAACACAAGCUGUGGAGAGUUAUAAGCAGCGGAUGGACUGGCUUACCAGCGGGAGCCGGCAGAUUUUUGGUGUCAUCUUGGAACAGAGCAUCACUAUAGUACUGGAUUGCAGUGACAUUCUGAUGGAGGAGCUUAAUCUGUGCCAGGAUGCUCUAGAAAUGGUCCUUCAGGAGCAGGUGGCUCUCCUCACCAAGUUCAACAUCAUAUGGGUUUCUGAAGAGCCAGUGAAAUGGCAGGAAUGUGCUAUCGUUGUGACUGAACACUCCAUAGCUGCUGCCAUCUGCUGGGUCAAGAAAAUGGCUUUUCAGAUAAUGGCUGUGGGAGAGGCUAGCUGCCUGGAUGCUCUGCUGGAAGCUGGGAGAGAUGAAACUAUCGAAGCCAUUUACUACUUUGUGGUGGGGGAUGUUCCGGAGGAGUCCCAGGAGCUGCUUCUCCAGAGGAUUUUGGAGAUCCCAUAUCCAGUUUGCACAGUGUCCUUCAACGCCAAGGGAGAAGAAACCGUAGCUUUCUUAAAAAAGCUGAGCACCAAGACCCACAGCAGAUUCCACGCCUUUGCCGAGAGGACAGAGUGUCUAGAAUUCUCUGCAUUUUCCACCGAGGAUGUUGACAGUUCAAUGACUUGGAAUUCAAGGAAACUGAAAGGGAGACUCCCGCCAGGAGCUGGUGUCAGAGAGGAUGUGUUUCUCAUCUGGAGAGAAAUGGAAGAAGCCUGCAGCACACUGACUCAGGUCCGGAGACUGGUGGAAAAGUCUCCUCAAUCGGAUGUGUCCCCAGCAUACUACAGAUCAACGUCUCUUGAGAGUAAGGAAAGCAGAGAAGACACAUGGGAUUCUCAGAAGUGGCUCCAGAAAUAUGGCUUGAAGGCUCAGAAGCUGACCUUUUAUGAUGUCCUUGCUGACUGCUCCUUCCGCCAUGCUGAUGGAGUUGUUGAUAUAAAAGGCAAACCAGAAGAUGAGUCUGUGCAGACCAGUGCGGACACCAAUAGGAAGACAGUUCAUGCCAAAUACUGCAGCAGAUUCAUCCACGUCCCCUGGAAGGAUGGGACCUUGGUCCAUGUCAACAUUACCAAGGAGAAGUGCAAAUGGUACAGUGAGAGAGUUCACAUAGCCCUGGCCAGGAUCCAAAGGAGGAUUAAGUGGCUACAGGAUGGGAGUCAAGCCCUCUUUGGAAAAGUGAGUGAAGAUUGCAUCUAUGUCCUCAUUGACACGUCACACUCAAUGAAGAGCAAACUGGACCUGGUGAAGGAUAAGAUCAUUCGGCUCAUACAGGAACAGCUGAGAUACAAGAGCAAAUUCAAUUUUGUGACGUUUGACGGUCAGGCAAUUGCUUGGCGGGAAAAACUUGCUGAAAUCAAUGAAGAUAAUUUGGAACAGGCUGAGUCGUGGAUUAGAGACAUUAAGGUUGGAAGUUCCACAAAUACCCUGAACGCCCUGAAAAUUGCUUUUGCUGAUAAAGAAACACAAGCCAUCUACCUUUUGACAGACGGGAGACCUGAUCAGCCACCAGAAAUGGUGAUGGACCACGUCAGACUUUUCCAGACGAUUCCCAUCUAUGCCAUUUCCUUCAAUUACAACGACGAGGCUGCUAACGAGUUCUUGAAGGAGCUUGCAUCUCUGACUGGAGGAGAGUUCCGUGCUUAUGAUUUUGGUUGCAAGGAUCCCGUCGUUCAGGAUGUUGAGGAUGUUCAGGAUGAAGACAUGAGCCUUUUGGUUCAGGAAAUGCAGCAGGGCUACAGUGACCUGGAGAAGAUGCAGGAGCUUUACUCGGAGACCUUAGUCAUGGACUGGUGGCACAACAGAGGAAAGCAAGGAGACAGCAAGCAUCAAAAGGAAAUCUCCUCCGUGGUUUCCAGCCCAGAAAACUGUGCAAACUCCCCAUUGGACGCUGACUCAAAGGCUGUGUCGCCUCCGAAAGUGUUGAAAGGACCGCGGAAGAUGUUGGAUGGGAAGACGCAGAAGAAGAAAGUCCUCCAUGCAGAAUCCACCAAAACGAGCCUGCUCAGAAGCUACAUAUCCUUCCUCAAGAGCCGCAGUGACGUGAAGGACAGCUCCAACUCCAGCAGCUGCAUGACUAGUGCUCUGAGUGACAGAGAAAAGAGCAUCCUGCUGAUGAAUAAGUGCCUACAUGACAAAUUGUCAGAGGGACUCACCGAAAACCGAAGCCAAGUUAAUGACCACCGAAGCCAAGUUAAUGACCACACCUCCACAGACAUGUCUUCUGAAAAGUGGCUCCAAACCCAUGGCCUGGUGGCCAAGAAGCUCACCAUCAUGGAUGCCUUGACUGGGACCGUAGUGCCCCGAAACGCCACCUACGUUCCCAUCCUGAAUAAGCACGUUGUCUCCAAGGUCUUUAAUGAGGUGUCCCCUCUAGCACACGUGUGCAGUGACACCAAUAAGAUGGUAUUAAUUAACCCCCAGGGAGUCAAACUCAAUAUCUACAAGCAAAAUGUGGAGCAGGCCAUUAAAUCCUAUGAAAAACGCUUAAAUAAAAUUGUCUGGCGAGCUCUGUCUCAAGAGGAAAAAGAGAAGUUGGAUGCAAUCAAGCCCAUACAAUACUUGGAACACAAGGCAGUUUUAAACCAAGCCCUGGAACGGCUGAAUUGGCCCAUUUCGUUGAAAGAGCUGUCGAUGCUGGAGAAUGAAAUCUUGGUUGGGAAAAUGUACAUCCAGCAAGCUAUGGAGCUCCAGGAGGCCGCCAGGAAGAACUGCAUGAGCAAGGCCUUGGAGGAGGAGCAGAAAUUACAAGGGUAUCCAACAAAGAAAGUCAGAUCAAGGAGAGUAGAUCCCCUCAGAGGUCAGAAGGUCAUUGCCAGAUGUGAGGAGAAUGGCUUCUAUUUUCCAGGGGUUGUGAAGAAAUGUGUGAGCCCCACUCACGCGCUGGUAGACUUCAGGUAUGGAGAAACCACGAUUGUGCCCAUCUCCUUCAUCACACCCGUUGGGGGUGCCAUGCCCUGCCCACAACUUCAGGUUGGGGAUUAUGUGUUUGCCAAAAUCGUGACAAACAAAGGAUUUGACUUCUAUGUCCCCGCCAUCGUCAUAGCCCUUCCAGAUCAGAGUGUGCCUUCAGAAAAAUUCUAUACCGUGUUGAAGUGUAACAACCGCCGAGAAUUUUGCCCUCGGAGUGCACUUAUAAAGAUCAGCCAAAACAAGUAUGCUCUCUCUUGCUCCCAGAUAAAAGCAUCCCCAGUUGAGAAGGACCGAGCUGUGGGAGAAGCAGAGACAAGUAAAUCUUGCCCACUCUGGACAGUGACUGAAGAAGACCUUGGAAAUUUGAAACAGUCGAGGCAAGAGACCCUUAGAAAAAAGAAAAAGAAGCCCACCAAGAGAUCAUUUCUCCGGGAGAUGAUGUCCUCAGAUUCGGAUGGCUCUUCCCAUGGCACCAGGCUCUCCACUAGAGGCCUAGGACACUGCCACCCUCGCCUUCGCUGCUACAUCGCCACCAGGAGCAGCCCUGCCCUGGCAGAUUCCAGCCACCCACAGCGCAAGGGGCUGAAGACCCAUGGCUGAGGAGCCCUAAGGCACGUGCGUCCUAGUGGCAGCUAACUUUAAGCAAGCCACGGUUCCUCUAGGGCUUCAUAGAUCCCAGCCUCUGGACCCUGUGGAGCAAGCCUCUCUGCUGAGUCUGUUGUAGGUACCUCUAAUUGAGUGCAGAGCCUGAAUAAAAUCUCUUACAUUGGAA